CGCGACUCCGGGCAGUUCCUUGGCGAUAGGCCCCUCUGGGUGGCCAAGAGCUCCGCCCGGAGGCGCCCCGGGGUCCCUGUUGCUUCGGUCGCCAAGGGGGGCGGAUCCGGUCCGGGCCAGAGAGGGGCUAGGGAGACACCCCAAAAGCCCCGCGCCCUGGCACCAUGCGACUCGCCGCGCCUCCUCCUGAGUCUGGGGCUGUCCAGUCUGCUCGCUGAGCCCCCUGCGGUCGCCACCGCGGAGGGAGAGUGGCACCGAGGAGGAGGAGGCGGCACCCGGGAGAGCAGCGUCCGGACGGAUUCCGCCGCCCCCCCCGCCCCCCGCCCCCGAGAGCUGACGGCUCCCGGGAUCCCCAGCCUUAUCAUGCUCGGGGCGCCAGCCCGGCUUUAGGAGAAACUGAGACGCCAGAGCGAGUCGGAGCAAUUCUUUGGUUGCUAAGUGUGAGAGAAGACACUCAAGAUGGCUCAGGGAACUGGGGACCAGAGAGCAGUGGGGAUCGCUGAUCCAGAAGACAGUUCUCCCAACAUGAUUGUCUACUGCAAAAUCGAGGACAUCAUUACAAAGAUGCAAGAUGACAAGACAGGGGGUGUGCCCAUCAGAACAGUUAAGAGUUUUCUCUCCAAAAUCCCCAGUGUCGUCACAGGUACGGAUAUUGUGCAGUGGCUUAUGAAGAACCUUUCCAUUGAGGACCCAGUUGAAGCAAUACACCUGGGAAGCCUUAUCGCCGCCCAGGGAUAUAUCUUCCCAAUCUCAGACCAUGUUCUCACCAUGAAAGAUGAUGGCACCUUUUACCGUUUCCAGGCUCCUUACUUCUGGCCAUCAAACUGCUGGGAACCUGAAAAUACUGACUAUGCCAUCUACCUCUGUAAGAGGACAAUGCAGAACAAAGCAAGGCUGGAACUGGCAGACUACGAAGCAGAAAACUUAGCGAGGCUCCAGAGGGCCUUUGCAAGGAAAUGGGAGUUCAUCUUCAUGCAAGCAGAGGCACAAGUGAAGAUUGAUCGGAAAAAGGAUAAGACAGAAAGGAAAAUUUUGGAUAGUCAAGAACGGGCCUUUUGGGAUGUCCACAGGCCAGUGCCAGGCUGUGUGAACACAACGGAAAUGGAUAUCAGAAAAUGCCGACGUUUGAAGAACCCUCAAAAGGUUAAAAAGUCAGUAUAUGGCGUGACUGAAGAGUCCCAGUCACAGAGUCCAGUGCACAUACCAAGCCAGCCAAUCAGGAAAACUACAAAGGAUGACAUUCGAAAACAGAUAACGUUUUUGAACGCACAGAUUGACAGACAUUGUUUGAAAAUGUCCAAAGUGGCUGAAAGCUUAAUCACUUACACAGAGCAGUAUGUGGAGUAUGACCCCUUCAUAACGCCAGCAGAGCCAUCUAAUCCUUGGAUCAGCGAUGACAUCUCUUUAUGGGACAUAGAGACGAGCAAAGAGCCCAGCCAACAGCGAGUAAAACGGUGGGGAUUCUCUUUUGAUGAGAUACUGAAGGACCAGGUGGGGCGGGACCAGUUCCUUCGAUUCCUGGAGUCGGAAUUCAGUUCAGAAAAUCUCAGGUUCUGGUUGGCUGUCCAAGAUCUCAAGAAGCAGCCUCUGCAGGACGUGGCCAAGAGGGUGGAGGAAAUCUGGCAAGAGUUUCUAGCUCCAGGAGCCCCGAGCGCAAUCAACCUGGAUUCUCACAGUUAUGAGAUAACCAGUCAGAAUGUCAAAGAUGGAGGGAGAUACACAUUCGAAGAUGCCCAGGAGCACAUCUACAAACUGAUGAAGAGUGACAGCUACGCCCGCUUCCUGCGCUCCAAUGCCUACCAGGACCUGCUGCUGGCCAAGAAGAAGCCAGAAAGUGAGCAAGGUCGUAGAACUUCCCUAGAAAAAUUCACUCGCAGUGUGGUUCUCUUACCAGAGAAACCAGAAAAUGAAGACUGUGAGACCUGUUGGCCCCUUGUCCUCACAGCUGGUUUGCUGUGUCAUGUGGUAAUGGAGGAGACAUAUGCGCUGUCAGAGACUAGGCCCAUGGGACCUCUUCUGCCCCACAAUAGCUUCAUAGAAAGUGGGGGGGUCUUUCUGUGUUGAGCUGAGGCCUGGUUGCUGUAGAUGGAGGAGGUUUACAGAUUAGGUUGACAAAUUAAAAGCAAGCUGUAGAGGCAACCAGGACUCCCAGGUACAAAUUGAGAAAAAAGAGUUUCCUUUGUGUGAAAGCUGAGCUCUGACAGCACAGAGCGGGUGCUCUUCAGGUAGACCGUGAGGGCGAGGUAUAAGAGAGGAAACUUGGUACUUGGACAAGAUGUACAGACAUCUUCAGAUUGCUGUCCACGAGAAGUGGGUACCAGGAUGGGCAAAGACAGGCUCAAUGAAGCUCCACAAGGAGCAUGUAUUGAUGUCCCUUCACCAUCAGAAAUGCUGCUGGCUAGGUGGCUCUCCAAGGACUGUUGAUGAGCACAACAGGAGAGCGCCUGCCCCUCCUCACAUCUGGCAUGCCAUGUGAAUUUACAAAGAAGCACUGGGAGGCAGAAAAACAUCCCAGGCUCUUGAGACUUACACAUUUAUGUGACAAAAGGCUCAAAGUUUUAAAAAAUGAUUCCCUGAGUUUCUUUCAUGAAGGGAAGGCUUUACUAGGUGAUACAUUCAGACUUUCUGGUCCCAGGAUAGCCACGGGCUGCUACUGACCCUUCCUUGUUCCUCUUGAACUAUAAGUAACACCCCAACCCCACAGGCAGGGCUAAGUCUGGGAACAUGGCUCAUGGCAGUAGAGAUAUAGUCCUCUGAUUGGGCUACUUAAACUCAGAGCCCAAGAGUUUGGGCUCAACCACCCAGUAUUUUAAUCAAACAUAACCAACCAACAAAUAUGCCUGUUUUCUGAAUACGAUGUACAGAAAAGCUUGACUUCUCUAAAAGAAGACUUGCAUUGUUCAUAAAGAUGAUGAUGAAGAGGAAUAAGUAGAUCUGCUUGUGUUUCCUCCUCUGCUUACCACUAACAAAGUGAAGGGCUGGUUUAGUAGCAUUUCCAUGUCACCGAAAUCAGUAAGCAGACUACCCAUAUUUACCAUCGACAGAGAACUUUUAGGGCAAAGCAAGGCAGUUCACUAAUAAGGGCAUGAGGCUGACUGCCAUUUAGGAUUAGUCAAUGGACAGUGGAUUUUAUCCAAGUGGUUGGAUAGCCUAGUCCGCUGGAGUCUUAUCAAGACUGAAUGUGGAUCCAGAUUUCUCCCCCAGAGCAUGGCAAUGUCCCUUCAUUCCUUGAUAGAGGAGGGACAUCUACAGAGAGAAGUGGCCCACUCUCCCUGAGUCUAAGGGCAUGCCAUGAUAUGGAGGGACUGCCUGUCAAAGGCCAGAGACAUCCACUCCUUAGGAGUAACUGAGCAUUUCAAGGAGGCAUCUAAGUCCACGCUCUUAGAGUGCAGAGGGGCCUGGCCAUCCGAAGAAGCGGUGCUGGGAGGGCUUCUCUCUCCACUGGACGUUUCAUUUCAAAUCACUCAAGGCAUUAAUGUGCCAGGAAAAUGUUGAGGGUAUUAUGCCAAGUAUCAUGUCAUCUGGAAGACUGGAACCAUAGAGCUUACCUAAAACCCUGCUUAUCUGAUGGCAAAGGUCAGAUUCAGGACCAAAAUGUGAAUGAAAAUCUAUGAUGGGCUUCAGUAACCCCCAAGGCACUUUGCUUUAGGAUGGAGAGCAGGACUCAGUCCAGCAGGCCCAGCCCUAUGUGUACCCCCCUGGCCAUUCAAAUCACAGGCUUUGUCUCAGCCUCCACCCUCAACUACCUGUAUACAGUGAAUAAUAGUCCACACCACUGUACACAGUGGCCCUGUUCAAAGAGCUCUCGCUUCAGAGACGAAUACAAUACACAGUAGCUUCUCACGGGGCUUUCACACAUGGGCUCAGGUCACAGGAACCUGUUUUAGAAAAGUCUAGAAUCCAAGAGCUAGACACCAAAGGUGGAAGGUGCUGAGAGACCAAAGAAAGGGGCAGACAAGCCCAGGAUUGCCCAGAAUACAGUGUACCAGGGACUUGCUGACAGACACAUGCGCUGAGUGAGUCGCAGGAAGAUGAGAGUCCCACACUCUAAGGUAGGAGAAAGGGGCAUGUAGGCAAGCCAGACAAAAAUGGGUCUUGGCUAAGUAGAAUGUACCAGAGCUUUUUCAAACACUCUUAAUGUAUCAUAUAUCAACUGAGAAUCAGUCCAAGUUUCAGUGACCAGUACAAAAUGCUUGGUUGGCACUCUUUGUUUUACACUCUUAAUUUUAUUUUAUUAAUUGGGGGAAUGUGAGUCUGGUGCCCAUGGAGUCUGUAUAAGUGGGUCAGACCCCUUGAACUCAGAGCCAUAGACAGUUGUGAUCCCCAGAUAUGAGUACGGGGGAGCUGAACUGAAGUCUUCUGCAGGAACGGUACACACCCUUCACUGCUGCUUGGCUAACUAUCAUCACAAACUUAGUUCAUCGUGUGUCACAUGGAACACAGCUGGCCAGGGUCCCCUAGCAUGCGAGGUGGCAGUUAUCGCCAAGAUGUCAGCACCUGGGUCAAUCAUGAGGGCAAGGACCCCUUGUGAGCCAGAGUCCAUCUUUCCCUAGUCUUCCGCACUAACCACUUCCUUUCUACAGUGGCUGUGACAUUUGAAAUCAGCGUUAGGAAACACCUAGUCAUCUUUGUGGGCUGCAUUUUCUGUCACCUUCUCUGGGGUCUUUCGUGGGAAGCCCAUCACUCACCAUGGGGGGGGAAGAUAUCUCCUAAUAAGGACCACUUUCCACUGCUCAGGGCCCCCUAGCCUGCCAGCCUCUGCUGUCUUCUGGUUUUGUGGUUGAGAUGACAGCAUGUGGGGAGGGGGGCUGGCCUGAUCUCUCUUUGAUGUUGAGAGCUGACCAUAGACCCACAGCAGGCUGAUGCCUCUGCAGGGCAGGACUCUGGCAGAGCACCAGGGGCUUCUGGGGAAGCAGGGCGGCUGAGAGGAAGCACAGAGGCCCCAGCCAGAGAGCCGCAGCAAUGUCAUUUCCUCUUUUGGAUGGCAGCUAAAGCCAUCUGGUGUGAACUCUGAGCUCGGAGGAGACAAGUUCCCUGUCCCUUGUACAUAGCACCAAGGAAGACCCCUCAGAGUACGAUGGCAUUUAAGUUGAGAGAAAUGGCAGUCCCAGUCAGUGUAGCUGGUGGCCGCUCGCCUUUACCUUCCCCAUUAAAGCCCCAGCUGCCCCUUAAGAGUAACAUCAGCUCUAGUUAGACUGCAAAGUCAGAAAGUGGGAACCCAAGCAGGGCCAGGGGACCACAGAGAAGGGACGUGAGGAGUGGGUUUCUACCCACCCCUAGGGGAAUGUGGAGGGUGGCUCUGCCAGGGCAUUCCUUAGGCUCCAGCAGUGAGGCUGGAAACAGAGGGCUCCUUGGCACCUGACCAGUGGCAGCUCUGCUUUGAGCUUUUCAUUCUUUCUGUCCUGCCUGCCAAGAAAUGUGGGGUGGGGGUGGAGGAAGUCAGAUGGAGAUGAAGUCCAGGGAGCCAGCCAGCUGUCGUUCCCCUGUCCCCUCCCUCCUCAACAGAAUGCUAGAGAGAACCUGUUGGAUGCAGGACUCAGCGGCUCACAGGGCCACUCCACACAGCUCUGAGGGACGUGACUCCAGCCCCAGGCCAGAAGUAGAAGGCUGGGGCUUUCAGGGAGGGUUGGGGGAACAGGGUAGUUGACCCUGUGGCAGCAUCUUCUUCUCCCAGGCCGCUUCCUUCUGCCUCAGCAUUUCCUGAGGAAUGGCUUGGUGGAACGAGUCUUCAAACUCUUAAGACUCAGCAGAGUCCUAGAAGGCCUGGACCUCAGUCAGCAGACCUUUUCAGGUCUCCAGCUAGAGACGACUUGCUGAAGCAUCUCAUACAGAAUUGCCUUUGAUGGCAAACAGUCCUCAGAUUAUUUUGAAACCAUGAUGUUCCAGACAUUAGAGCCAGCCUCUCCCAUCAGUCCAACCAUAGAGAUACUCUGGUUAGGAAUGGCUGUCAUAAUAUGCGGAUGGGGACGUGUGAAGGUCUGCUUCCCAGAGCACCACCAAUGUCUCCUGGGGCUCCUCUAUGCAGAGGAGCUACUGUCUAGCUAUGUGAUCCCAAGCAAAUAACUAGCCCUCUCUGAGACCUACUGACCCGUCCCCCAGCUUCCCUGGCUAUCAGCUUGGACUAGUUAAUUGCUAGCAUUUCUGUCCAGCUGGGAAUGUUCUGCAGGCGUGUGCCUCUCUCUACACUGGGAUCUCUGAGCUAUAUGAAUCGUUCUGAGAGUCAGAGAAGAGCUACUUGUUUGUCCCAUCCGCUGCGUGAUUCAGACGUGUCUGCCAGCCUUGGAGGUGGGGAGAUAAAUGGUGGGUAGAACGGAGCCACAAGUAUUUACAAACCUCAGACAGGCAACCAGCAGGAGGACUGAAGUCACAGUGUCUUACAGGACAGGUCCUUCAACAACCCAGGGCUCACUCCUGCGUGGAGUAGCUGGAGAGCGGGCAGAGGUCACAGGGAGCAAGGAAGUGGUGCCAUCUUGCCUUACCAGCUCAGCAGUCCCUCCUUUGGGUCAGGAUACCCAGUGGCAAGGGGCGGGGCAGGGUGUCCAGGUCAGCUAGGCAGGACAGUGGCCCCCAGUGUUGCUGCUUCUGGACCUGGGUACCCUGUGCUGCAAGAAUGAAGUGUGGCCAUCUGGGACUCAUCACUGAAGCCCCAUUCUUCAAUGGAGGAGCCUGGGCCUGUCAUUUAAACAGUCUUAGAGAUGAAUAAGGGGGGUCUGGGAGACAAUGACAGUCAGUGGUAGGUGAAGUCUCCUCUAGUCUAGGUCCUCUCUAUUUUGGCCCAUGGGAAGUGUGGUAAAGCAAAGAGUUUGUAGCUUUAAAAAUGAAAGUGUAGAAGUCUGUUUUUCAUAGGUUAUAAAAGCAACUGAACCAGCCCAGCUGCUGGAAUGCUGGGAAGACACCCUGAUGAACUGAUUGCCUGGUCUGGGAACAGGGAGGAGUUUGCUUUGUUUUAUCUUUGUACAGAGUUUCAUUGUCAUUUGUCAUUGAUGUCCCUAGACCCUGAUGCCAGAACCCCAGUUGUUAUAACUAAUGAGUCAGUGUGACAGCUGAAGGCACCCCCAAAGAGCCUUGGUCACCCAGUACCAGUUCAGAGAAGCCCCGUGUGGGUUGUUCAGCACAGGGACACUGGCAUGAGCAAGUCUCUGGUAUGGUUACUCCCCGCCAACCCCCACACCACCGUUCCUGCCUUCCUCAGACCCCAGUGUGCCAUGCAGUCAACUGACAAUCCCAGUCCUCCAAGGCAGAAGGGCUCAGCUGUGUGUUUACGGCAGCUGAUUUUGAUCCAGAUCUCCCUGCCAGUCUCCCAGCGAGGCAGGCUAGGGGCAGACUCUUGUGUGUGUGCCAGGCAGGAUCUAUUUUGGGAGGUGACCUGAGCCCUUUGUCAUCUUAUUGCCUUCUGGCCACCCCCACUUAGGAAAGCCAUCCUGCUGGAAGGUGAUCUCACUUUAGCAGUGGCUGGUGGGGCUGUGGGACUUCAGCCUGUUCCUUGUCACUGUGCAGCCAGACCCUGGCAUCUGUCCCUGUGCACCCACAUGGGGACCUCGUGGGCUCCCAUCUGUCCAGUGAGAAGACUGAGGGUAAAGGUGAGCCAGACCCUGCAAGGCAGAAGGCAGGCCACUCAAGAGACUGUACAGUCCCCGUUAGAGAACAGAUCUGCCCCAUCCUGCCAUCAAGACAGAGUAGAGAGAGCCACUUCCAGGUAUUACUAGGAUUACAGGUCCUGGGAAGAGAACAAAGCUACCUACACCAAGGUCAAGGAGACUCAGCCCUACCUACUGUCCAUACUGGAGAAUUGCAAGAGAAGUAGGGGAACCUAAGAUUAGAGGACUGAUAGGCUAAGUAGUAGGAUG